ACCGAGCCAUGCCGGAUGGACGUUGUCAUGUUGCUGCAAGCUCACCACGACCUUGAAGCGUCCCACCAACGCACACAUCCCAACACAACCAGCCUACCAAGCGAAGACAACCGUGUCUGAUCUUCCGCAGCUCCAGCUCGAUUUCUGAAGACCUCGUGGCUACAGAUACACGUCUGAGAGACCCAACCCGUUUCAGGCACACAGCAUGUCGAGCACACAAGACUCGGGCGCCACCGCUCGACGGGGCUCCGAUGACGACAAAGACCCCAAGAAGAAUGGCAAGGGCGACGCAGCUAGUGCCGGUGCUACCAAAGCUGGAGGCGAUGAUGCAGAGAUGGAGGACGCCGAGCCUGAGGAGGAGGAGAUUCUCGACGAGGAGAUCCUCAGCCUGAGCACACAAGACCUCCAGAUGCGGAAACGGUUGUUGGAAAACGACGCCCGAAUCAUGAAGAGCGAGUUCCAAAGGUUAUCACACGAGAAGGCGACCAUGGGCGAGAAAAUCAAGGAGAAUAUGGAGAAGAUUGCAAACAACAGGCAACUACCCUAUCUUGUCGGCAACGUCGUCGAGCUUCUCGAUCUUGACCCAACCGCCGAGUCGUCCGAGGAAGGAGCCAACAUCGACCUCGAUGCUACUAGAGUGGGCAAAUCCGCGGUCAUCAAGACUUCGACAAGACAAACUAUCUUCCUGCCUCUUAUCGGUCUCGUAGACCCAGCCACUCUCAGACCCGGUGAUCUCAUCGGCGUGAACAAGGAUUCAUACCUGAUUCUCGAUACACUGCCUGCUGAGUACGACAGCAGAGUGAAGGCUAUGGAAGUCGACGAGAAGCCCACAGAGAAGUACACCGAUGUCGGUGGGCUUGAUAAACAAAUAGAAGAGCUCGUCGAAGCUAUCGUGUGGCCCAUGAAGGAGGCCGAGCGGUUCAAAAAGAUUGGAAUCAAGGCUCCAAAGGGUGCGCUGAUGUACGGACCCCCUGGUACUGGCAAGACGCUCCUUGCGCGUGCCUGUGCUGCCCAAACGGACGCGACUUUCCUCAAGCUUGCCGGCCCCCAGCUCGUGCAGAUGUUCAUCGGUGACGGUGCCAAGCUUGUGCGAGAUGCGUUCGCUCUUGCCAAGGAGAAGGCGCCCGCGAUCAUCUUCAUCGACGAACUCGAUGCCGUGGGCACGAAACGUUUCGAUAGCGAAAAGAGCGGUGACAGAGAGGUCCAGCGGACAAUGUUGGAGCUGCUCAACCAGCUGGACGGCUUUGCGUCAGACGACCGGAUCAAGGUCCUUGCGGCCACGAAUCGUGUCGAUGUGCUAGACCCUGCCCUGCUUCGUUCAGGACGUCUCGAUAGGAAGAUCGAGUUCCCUCUUCCGAAUGAGGAAGCCAGAGCUCAAAUCAUGCGGAUUCAUUCUCGGAAGAUGACGGUCGACGAUGGGGUGAACUGGAACGAGUUGGCGCGUAGCACAGAUGAGUUUGGCGGCGCUAUGCUCAAGGCCGUCUGUGUCGAAGCUGGUAUGAUCGCUCUGCGGAUGGGCAAGAACAAGAUUGGACACGAGCACUACGUGGACGCCAUCACCGAGGUGCAGGCCAAGAAGAAGGAGACUGUCAACUUCUAUGCUUAAAUCCGCCUCGCUCGUGCCGGCAGGGACUCUUUCGGCUAUGUGGAAGAUAGAGCUUACUAGAUAUCCCAGUGCUAGACAAGGGCGCAUUCUGUACAUUUACCAGGCCGAAACAGUUUUGCACUUGGAGAAUGCCCACCAGAUUUGGUUGAAGGCAUGGAUACCACUCUCUUCUGGUGCAAAUUAUCUCCACCAUAGCUAAGAACG